AUAUGUGAUCAAUAUUUACUCUGUAUAACACGUAUGUUUGGCAACAGUGCAGAAAUAUGUAAAACUAUGACGUAUUAAUUUGCGCGUGUGCUACCGGUAUUGUGUGAAAUAUACAGUUAAUUAAAUCUAUAAAUAAAAAGGAACAAUUAUGUCAUUGUUUGUAAGAUGCCUGAUUGUCGUCUGGUUUUGUGUCUGCUCAUGCGAAUGCAGUAGAGUAAAACGGGGGUUCUGCUCCACGAGAAAUCUAAACAUAACGAACGGAGAUUACCGAUUACGUGCCGGAAGUUCCGUGGUUGACUACACGUGCAAUUCUGGAUACCAUAUGUAUGGUAUGGACAGGGCAGUGUGCUUCGGCUCCAAGUGGUCCAGUGAUCCACCCAUUUGUAUAGCAAGCACUUGUCAAACCAUCUCGCCGACAAACACUUUGAAGAUCACCCAAUGGUUCGGUGGCGCCUUAUUAAAAUUCACAUGUGCAGCAAUGUAUCAACUAAAAGGCGAAAAAACGCUAACAUGUGACGGGUCUGAAUGGAGUGCACCGACACCAUUGUGUAUCCCGUGGAAGCCACCAGUUUCAUGUGACUUUGAAGACCCGGAACUUUGCGGGUGGUCGCAUCACGAGAAAAAUGAUCAGGACUGGAGAUGGAAUACCGGAAAGACAAGUACGUCACGGACGGGACCUAGCCAUGACCACACACUUGGCGCUGGAGGAGACGGACAUUACAUGUAUUUUGAGACCUCGAGUCCAACAAGGUUUCAUCAUAAAGCGAUUUUACAAUCUCCAUUAUAUCCGGCCAGCUAUAGUAAACAGACUUGUUUCACGUUCUGGUAUCACAUUUUAGGGGAAAGUGAUAUAGGAGAUUUCGAGGUGUUUGUUAAGCCAGAAAGGGCGCAAAACUUAUCAUCACUUAACGCCUCGUUCCAUACAAAUGAAGAUCGAGGCGACGUGUGGUAUAAAGAGUUAAUCCGGGUGAAAGAACAAUCAGAAACUUUCCAGAUAUUAAUGGUGGCAACACGUGGGACUGGGUUAAGGAGCGAUUUCGCCUUUGAUGAUGUCUCUCUGGCGCGCUGUGCAG